AGUAAGGAGCAGAACGGGACGGGAUUUCUAACAGAUAGUGGUGUAAAUUCUCAGCGGGCAGCCCCCCAUGUGAUUCCUGCCGUGGAGCAGGAUUGGAAAGAGGAGGAGGGGGGUUGGUGGGAGACAUGCGCACAGUCUGUGUGUGCCUGGGAGACGGGAGAGCACGCCUGAGCGCUCUCUCUCUCUGCUCACUUACACUCGGGCAGCCUGCUGUAUCACUGCCUCUCCCGUUACACAGAAGGUCCCUUGGAGCUGAUCUGUGAUCCCUCACACACACAUACAGCCCUCUCGGAGUUCCUGUUUCCGCCAAAUACUGCCUGACGCGAUCAAAUACCAGUGGAUCCUCCGUCUAAUGUGCAUAUUCACAUACACAGAAAACAUUCUUCAACCAAACAGGGAGAGAAAGCGACCUCGAGUAGCCGAGCAGAGCCCGGAGCCUCCCUGACCCGGAGUGGCAGGGUUACUAACGACUGUGUCCUGGCGAUAGAUUUUCAAACCCUGAAGACACUGGGUCAAUCCUUGAGGCAUUGCAACUUUAAGCGAGUCGCAUCAUUAUUCUGUGAAGCAAAUGAAGAGAAUGUGAAAAGAAACGAUUUGAGCCAGCGGUGUGAAUCUGAAACUAUUUCUUCUUCACCUGAUCAUCUGACGUUAAGUCAAAGAACAACUGGUCUGCCUGGAGUAGCCUUGUACGUUUGGUGUUUGAAGAUAAGAAAAUACCCCAAGACAAAAGGAAAUUGACAGUCCAGCCUUGACAGAAAAGCUGCAGCUUGGUUUUCCUCGCAGCUGUGUGGAGGAAGGCCUGCUCUGACUUGCAGCUGAGAGGAGUGUGCACAGUGCAGCUUUUAUUGAAGAAGAAAACUGACGGCUAAUGUGCAUUUCUGAGCUAUCAUUCAAUUCCACUCCGGUAUAUCCGAGUGACAAGUCAAUUCCUCCUGGGAAGAAGCCUGAGAACUCCACUCCCAAUUCUCCCAUGUACAUUUGUGCCACACAUACAAGCUGUGUCGAAAUGAGAGGUUUUUAAUAAGUGAAUUGACUAGUUGUCACAUCAAGGGAAAGGUUCAUCUGGAGGAAGAAAAGCAGCGUCCAAGAAAUUUCAGGAGCUGUGAGAAUUCCUGGCACAAUGUGUUGAGGGAAAGAAAGGCAUAUACUCAUUCAGCUCUGCACAGAUCCUGAAAGCAUGGCUGUUUUUGACCUGUGAGUGACUACUGAGCACCGGACCAGCUGAAGAUGCGGCCAUGGACUGGCUCCUGGCGAUGGAUUAUGUUGAUCCUUCUUGCCUGGGGGACUUUGCUGUUCUACAUUGGCGGGCAUCUCGUGAGAGACAGCGAUCAACCGGAUCGCUCCAGCAGAGAACUGUCCAAGAUACUUGCAAAGCUUGAGCGUUUGAAACAACAAAAUGAAGAUUUGCGGCGGAUGGCUGAGUCACUGAGGCAAAGUACUCACAAUGCUGGAAAGAAGAGCAUGCCAGAAAAUGUUGCAAUUAGCAGACCAGGCAACAUCUGCGGAGAGAGAAUUCCUGAAGGCCCUGUUGACCAGGGGCCUGCUGCUGCUGGAAGAGUGCGUGAAUUAGAAGAACAACUGAUUAAGGCCAAAGAGCAGAUAGAAAUCUAUAAGAAGCAACCAGGCAAUGCAGGUCCUGGGAGAGAGCAUGAGGAGCUGAGACGCAAGAUUGAGAAUGGAGUGAAGGAGCUGUGGUUCUUUGUACAGAGUGAAGUCAAGAAAGUGAAGCACCUGCAGGGUGAAGAAGCACAGAAACAUGCAGAUGCUUUGCUUGAGAACCUCGGCCACCAGCAGAGGUCUAUUAUGACUGAUGUGUACUACCUCAGUCAAACAGACGGAGCUGAUAAAUGGAGAGAGAAAGAGGCCAAGGAUCUGACAGAUCUAGUUCAGCGGAGAAUAACAUACCUGCAGAACCCCAUAGACUGCAGCAAAGCCAAGAAACUGGUUUGUAACAUUAACAAGGGCUGUGGCUACGGCUGCCAACUACAUCAUGUCGUCUACUGCUUUAUGAUUGCAUAUGGCACCCGACGCACUCUCAUCCUGGAAUCUCAGAACUGGCGCUAUUCCACUGGGGGAUGGGAGACUGUCUUCAAACCAGUUAGUGAAACCUGCACGGACAGAUCUGGCACCACCACUGGCCAUUGGUCAGGUGAGGCCAAUGAUAAAAAUGUACAAGUGGUGGAACUGCCAAUCGUCGACAGCCUGCACCCGCGACCACCAUAUCUGCCCUUGGCUAUUCCUGAAGACCUGGCAGGUCGACUAACUCACCUACAUGGAGAUCCGUCGGUCUGGUGGGUUUCACAGUUUGUUAAAUAUUUGAUACGUCCGCAAGCUUGGUUGGAGAAGGAAAUUGAAGAGGCAACAAGAAAGCUUGGCUUCAGGCAUCCAAUUAUUGGCAUUCAUGUACGUCGCACAGAUAAAGUUGGAACUGAGGCAGCAUAUCAUCCUAUUGAAGAAUACAUGGUACACGUGGAGGAACACUAUAAAUUUCUCGCUCGCAAGACAGAAAUUGAUAAAAAACGAGUUUACCUCGCCACAGACGACCCAACUCUGCUACAGGAAGCUAAGUCAAAAUACCCAGAUUACGAAUUCAUCAGUGAUAAUUCAAUCUCAUGGUCAGCGGGUCUUCAUAACCGAUACACGGAGAAUUCGCUGCGAGGUGUGAUUCUGGACAUCCAUUUUCUCUCUCAGGCAGACUUCUUAGUCUGUACCUUCUCAUCACAGGUUUGUCGAGUGGCCUACGAGAUAAUGCAGACGUUACACCCGGAUGCUUCGGCGAAUUUCCGUUCUCUGGAUGACAUCUAUUACUUUGGUGGGCAAAAUGCGCACAAUCAGAUUGCAAUUUACCCUCACAAACCACAGACUCCAGAAGAAAUUGUCCUGGAGCCAGGAGAUCUGAUUGGUGUAGCGGGCAACCAUUGGGAUGGUUAUUCCAAAGGUAUCAAUCGAAGGAAUGGACGAACAGGACUGUACCCGUCUUACAAAGUGAAGGAAAACAUUGAGACUAUUAAGUACCCAACCUACCCAGAGGCUGACAAUGAGAAGCCACAGUAACUACAAAGACACUCUACAGCCUUAGUGAAUGUAUCUUGCCAUAGAUCUGAAAUCCAGCCAACUUGUCAUUCAAAACUCUAUGGUCUCCACAGAUGCAUCUGUCUCCCUCCAUUGUCCUGCUGUUGAUCGUGUUUGGUUGUCUGCCAUUAAUUCACGUAAUCCACAGUGACUGACACUGCGCCAUUGUGCAGGUUAGAGCAUGAGCAAAUGUGUGUUCAAUCAUGGUGCCUAACACUUUUUGACUUUUAAACCUUCUGAAAGAACCACGCCCAGCAUUAGUACUGAGGUGUUCUGAACUCUGAUCUACAAACAGAGGUUGAACAUAUCAAACACGAGAUUUGAUCACAAAGACUUAACCUAUUCCAUGGCCUGUCUGAAGUUCUCACGAGAAGUGAUAGAGUACAUUUUCUCCUUUCAAGAGUAGACAAAGGGAGGAAGAGUCCGAAUAAUCCAGUGCACAUCCUCAUUUCACAGAUUUUUGUAAAAGCAAGAUCAUGGACUGAAACUUUAAUACAUGACGUUUCCAGACAUUGUCUUUGAUAACAAAAAUAAAUAAAUCGAAAUGAAA